GAGAAGAGUAAUCGAGCAGAGCGGCUGGAGCGGGCGAGUCAGAGCCAUCACUCCGCUCUACUCGUCUGGACUAACCCGGGCUAACUUUAGCUACAUGUGCUGAGGUCGAGGGACAAACUGAGCUCAACCGCAACAAUGCCGACAGUUACUUUACCGCCGAAAGAGAACGCGCUCUUUAAAAGGAUUUUGCGAUGUUACGAACACAAACAGUACAGAAACGGACUCAAGUUCUGCAAACAAAUCCUAUCCAACCCCAAGUUUGCAGAGCAUGGAGAGACGCUUGCAAUGAAGGGCUUGACCCUGAACUGCCUGGGGAAGAAGGAGGAGGCCUAUGACCUGGUGAGGAGAGGCCUGCGCAACGACCUCAGGAGCCAUGUCUGCUGGCAUGUUUACGGCUUACUGCAGCGUUCAGAUAAGAAGUACGAUGAAGCCAUCAAGUGUUACCGCAACGCUCUGAAGUGGGACAAAGACAACCUGCAGAUCCUCAGAGACCUUUCCCUGCUUCAGAUCCAGAUGCGAGACCUGGAGGGCUACAGGGAGACACGGUACCAGCUGCUGCAGCUGCGUCCAGCACAGCGGGCCUCCUGGAUUGGCUACGCCAUUGCCUAUCACCUCCUGGAGGACUAUGAGAUGGCUGCUAAGAUCAUUGAAGAGUUUAGGAAAACACAACAGACGUCUCCAGACAAAGUGGACUAUGAAUACAGUGAAUUGCUGCUGUACCAGAACCAGGUCCUGAGGGAGGCAGGCCUGUAUAAAGAGGCGCUGGAGCAUCUGUCCAACUACGAGAAGCAGAUCUGUGACAAACUGGCUGUGGAGGAGACACGAGGAGAGAUACUGUUAAAAUUGGAGCGUCUGGACGAAGCAACUGAAGUUUACCGCCGUCUGCAGGAGAGGAACCCGGAGAACUGGUCCUAUUACCGCGGCUUGGAAAAUGCACUCAAACCAAACAGUGUGGAGGAGAGACACAAGAUCUAUGAGGACGCCUGGGAGAAGUUUCCCAGAGGCCUGGUUCCUCGUCGGCUGCCCCUCACCUUCCUCUCUGGUGAGAAGUUCAGAGAGUGUCUGGACAGAUAUUUAAGGAUGAACUUCAGUAAAGGCUGUCCGCCUGUCUUCACCACUCUCAAAUCACUGUACAACGACAAAGAAAAGGUGUCAAUAAUCGAGGAUUUGGUGGUCGGCUAUGAAACCACAUUAAAAAGUUGUAGAAUGUUCAACCAGAAUGAUGACGGGAAAGAGGAACCACCGACCACUUUGCUCUGGGUGCAGUACUUCCUGGCGCAGCACUUCGACAUGAUUGGCCAACAGACACUGUCCCUAGAAUACAUCAACGCAGCCAUUGAGAGUACACCUACACUCAUCGAACUCUUCCUAAUCAAAGCCAAGAUUUACAAGCAUGCUGGGAACAUCAAGGAGGCUGCUCAGUGGAUGGAUGAGGCCCAGGCUCUGGACACAGCUGACAGAUUUAUCAACUCCAAGUGUGCCAAGUACAUGCUGAAGGCUGGCAUGAUCAGGGAGGCGGAAGAAAUGUGCUCCAAGUUCACACGGGAGGGAGCGUCAGCAGUUGAGAACCUCAAUGAGAUGCAGUGUAUGUGGUUCCAGACAGAGUGUGCACUCGCAUACAAGGGCAUGAACAAGUUUGGGGAUGCCCUGAAGAAGUGCCAUGAAAUUGAACGGCAUUUUGUGGAGAUAACGGACGACCAGUUUGACUUCCACACCUACUGCAUGAGGAAAAUGACGCUACGCUCGUAUGUGGACCUGCUUAAAUUAGAGGACGUGCUCCGGAUGCAUCCCUUCUACUAUAAGGCGGCCAUCACGGCCAUACAGAUCUACCUGAGCCUCCACGACAAUCCCCUGACGGAUGACAGCAAGGAGCUGCAGGCAGACACUGCUAAUCUUUCGGACAAAGAGCUGAAGAAGUUGAGGAACAAGCAGAGGAGGGCCCAGAAGAAGGCCCAGCUGGAGGAGGAGAAGAAAAAUGCAGAGAAGGAGAAGCAGCUUAAGAACCAGAAGAAGAAGAAGGAGGAUGAUGACGAGGAGAUCGGAGGUCCCAAGGAAGAGCUAAUUCCUGACAAACUGGUCAAGGUAGAAAAUCCACUGGAAGAAGCAGUCAAGUUCUUGAUGCCUCUAAAACAUCUGGUCAAGGACAAAAUCGACACACACCUACUGGCCUUUGAGAUCUACUUCAGGAAAGAAAAAUACCUGUUAAUGCUCCAGUCGGUGAAGGGAGCGUUGGCCAUCGACGCAGAUCACCCGUGGUUACACCAGUGUCUUGUUCGCUUCUUUAAAGGAGUCUCAGAGAGUAAGGAGCUGCCGGAGGUGGUCAGGACGGUGCUGAAGCAGGAGAUCGCCCGGCUGUUUGGGGACAGCAACGCAAAGAGCUUUAACCAGGCCUACCUCACCAAGCACUCAAACUCCAUACCACAUCGACUUGCUGCUGCUAAGAUGAUGGUGUAUCUGGACUCAUCGACAGAAACGAAGGCAGCAGAACUGGCAACUUCACUAGACGAGUCACUCAACAACAGAACAAUACAGAUCUGCACAGAGGUCCUGGAGUGUCUUCGGAGCGGCCUCCUGGGCGAUUUUAAGGACCGCGCUGAGUCGUACCGCACUGAGUGUCACAAGCUUUAUCCCUACACGUUAGCUUUCACUCCCCCAGGAUACGAGGAGAACACCAAGAUCGCCAAUGGAGAUGUUUCUACAGAAACAGAGGAGAUGGCCAAUGAGAUGUGAGCAGGACAGAACAACAGUGGAUGAGGAAAAAGGAACAGGGCCGAGCAUGAAGCCUUGUGGUACGCCUGGCAGCCAUUUUGUAGAGCCAGACAUGGGAAGCAAGAAAGGGUGUUUCGGUCUUUGGCUCAGCUUAAUCGGGUCUGACUUGGCAUGGCUUGGCUCUCUCCCACAUGGUGAAAAUCAGGUGUGUGUGUGUGUGUGUGUGUGUGUGUGUGUGUGUGUGUGUGUGUGUGUGUGUGUGUGUGUGUGUGUGUGUGUGUGUGUGUGUGUGUGUGUGUGUGUGUGUGUGUGUGUGUGUGUGUGUGUGUGUGUGUGUGUGUGUGUGUGUGUGUGUGUGUGUGUGUGUGUGUGUGUGUGUGUGUGUGUGUGUGUGUGUGUGUGUGUGUGUGUGUGUGUGUGUGUGUGUGUGUGUGUGUGUGUGUGUGUGUGUUGUGGGAAAGGGGGGAAAAGAGGAAGACAACCGAAUGGCCAUUGAACUUUUUUUAAUAGAGCUGAAAACUAUGCUCAAUCGGAAAAUAAACAGUAGUUAUUGGCAAACUGUUGGGAGAAACUGUGACAGACUGACACAGACGUUUUGUUUCUUCAAAUACGAUCAACAACGGUGACAGCAACCACUCGAGUUUGACUCUGUGCUGCCCCAACACAUGUCUAUCACAUACUGUGUUCCCCUCAUUUUAAAAUGUUAAUUUAAAUAAAGUAGGACACUGCUGUCCCGGGGGAACUGGAGACUGAGCUGAGUGGAUCUGACCUGCCACAGAUCUGAAGGAAGCUGAGCAGAAAGAGUUACCAAGGACCCUGAAGCAGACACCGAAGACAUCCAGUAACCACAGGUGUUUCUGCAUUUGCUGUUGCUCUAUUGAACCAAUUAUCUACAUGUGACAUCACCAGAGUGUGUGAGGAAGAGGCCAAUCCUCAUAUGUUACCAGUUGUUUUUUUAUCAAACUGUGCUUCCCUCACAGCUCCCAGCUUAGCUUGGGAAUAUGUUAUCCUUUGUCUGUAAUAUUGGAGCACCUUGUAGCACAGAUUAAAAACUGUAAAGGUUGUGUAUCGGGCUCCAUUUCAAAUACACUGUUUCUCUUAACAUUUUACAUAGUUCUGAGAAAGUUGGAUAGAUCCAAGCAAUACCAUAGAUACCUUCCUCUCCAAUGGAUCAAUAAAACUUGAUGAUUAUGAUUUCUAGAUCUGGUUGAAGUGGUGACACCGAGCCUUCUGGCAGAGCAUUUGUGUUGUGGCUGUUGUCACUGCUAGAGAUGGUUUCAUCUGCAUGUAACAGAGUCUAAUAUUGGAGUUGAAAAAGCUUCCAGGACACCUCACUCCUACAGCUCCUCUUGGUUUAAUAAAAAUGGCUCCUCUAAAGGUCAGAGUUCAGGCUCCAGGGACGUUAACCCGGAGUAGGAAAACGUUUCAAGGAGAGUAAACAUACAAGUUGGAAUUUGUCAUUUUACUUUCUCUGUUCCCCCUUUUUUUUCUCCAGCAAUCUCUUUUCUUCCCUUUUUCCUCUAAUUUGGGUUCUAAUGUGAAAGAUGAAAUCUGAGAUGGUGAUGUAAGAUAUCUCUGGAUUUUUGUAUUAAAACUAAACAAAAGAAAACAAUUGA